AUGCUUUUCAAGUUCACCAUCGUUGCCUUGGCCCUGAUCGGACAAUGCCUUGCGUCUGCCAUCCACAAUAUCGACCAACAGCAGACCCUCCUAGCCAAUGGGGAUGUCGGCGCUCUAGGCUGCACCGACGCUGGUCGUGAGAAUCCGAACUGUUCCAUGGCCAACGAGGAAGCCGCCCCGUCCGAGGAAGCUGAGGAGACUGUUGUCGAGCACUACGAAAUCACCGUUGAGAAGACUGUAGACGUGCAGACUCAGCCCUCUAUUGAAGUUGACGGUGGGAACAAAUGCGUCGUAGCCGGAUUCGCUCCCUUUUGCGAGGGCAAGUGUCCCGAUGGCUAUAAGGAAAAGGCCAAGGGCCGUUGUCUAGGACCAGGCCCCUGCUGUCUCAGCGGGUCAAAGGCGCUGUGCUGCACUGACUAG